CCCUUCCCUGCGCCCACUCCCAGUUCAUUUCCUGUCCCGUUCCGCCCGCCCAGCAGCGACCUGGCUCAGCAGGCAGGCGGCCCAGGCGCCCCGGGAUGUCACUCUAUUAGAAAUUGAGGAUGAUCUGCAUUUGAUUUGCAAGGAAUAGAGGGGUGGAGAUGGUCAGCCUUUCUCUUGUCGCCGACAUCUUGAUAGUGCAGUGCUGCGUUUAGCAAGAAGGCUCUGGUUCAGGUGACUACUGGCAGCAAAGGUUUAGCUUUCAUCUUGACUCUCUUCCUUGAACAUCAUUUCCCUCGAAGUGGGGUGUCUACCUGAAGAACAUUUUAUUUUAAAAGGAAAGAUGCUAUCUCCAAAUGAUAAAAAGUUAGAAAAGCUGGAUCCAUUUUAUCGACCUUCUAUGUCCAAGCAGAAGACCAGCGCAGAGAUCAUAAGUGAAGCACGAAAUGCAUUAAGAACAGUUAGGACCCAACGACCAUUUACACCACGGGAAGACCAAAGAAAGCUAUUUGGGCCUGCAUCUUCAAGAACACCAGAAAAUAGACCUCCUUCCUCCUUUAGCCUCCAUGCAUCCAGUUUUGAGUCAUCUGAUUCCAGGCCUAUCUCCAGUGCUCGUCUCAGUCCACUAGAGCUUAGACCGAAAGCUCCGGCAUCUCCCGCCCCGGAGGAGGACCUGUGCUUUUCCUUUCCCAAACCCCCAGUGGACGCUGCAAAGAUGAGAAGAAUAAGCAGUGCCCGGGCGCGCUUAUUCAGGGCGGCCUCCCAGGGGGCUCUUCUGCCUGACAGGACGCUUCCUCCCGCUGAGUCAAAGAAGACAGUGGAAUCCAAAGAAACCAUUGUGAAGGGGGACCCUAUGGUGAAAACAAAUGGGAUUUAUUUAACAGAAUCAAACGCCAUGGGCCACUUAAAGAGUCACCCACUUCAGCUAACUUACGACGGAGGCUUCAGUGAAAUUCAGGAGCAAGAAAUGUUUAAAGGGACAACAUCCUUGCCAUCUCAUCUCAGAAGUGGAGGGGAGCAGGGGAAGAGGUGUUCGAGAGCCUCAUCAUAUUCCAGCAGCUCAGACGUGAGCCGACUGGCAGCCAGAGCAGUCUCAAAAGCCAACUUGCAAGAAAAGGAUACAGAAAUAGAAGUAGACGAAGUCUUUUGGAAUACAAGGAUCGUACCGAUUUUGCAUGAAUUAGAAAAGGAAGAAAACAUUGAAACAAUUUGUGCUGCUUGCACACAACUUCAUCACGCUUUAGCAGAAGGAAACAUGCUUGGAAAUAAGUUUAAGAGAAGAAGUAUUCUCCUGAAGACCCUAUAUAAACUAGUUGAUAUUGGUUCAGACUUGCUCAGCCUUAAACUUGCAAAACUUAUUCUAGCACUUAAAGUGAGUAGAAGGAAUCUCCUUAAUGUCUGCAAACUUAUAUUCAAAAUUAGCAGAAGUGAGAAGAAUGACUCUCUGAUUGAAAAUGACAGCAUUCUGGAAUCAUUAUUGGAGGUCCUGAGAAAUGAAGACCUGCACACUAACACUGAAGCUUUUUUAUACUGUAUGGGGGCUAUCAAAUUCAUUUCUGGAAACCCAGGAUUUCUCGAUGAAAUGAUCAGCAAAGGUGCUGUGGAAAUAUUGGUGAAUUUGAUAAAGCAAAUCAAUGAGAACACCAGGAAAUGUGGCACAUGUCUGCCUAACUCAGGCCACUUGUUAGUCCAAAUGACUGCUACACUGAGAAACUUGGUUGAUUCACCACCAGCAAGAAGUAAGUUGCUAAGCAUCAGUGCCCUCCCCCAGCUCUGCGCGGUGAUGGGACAGUACAUGGCUGACAAGGAUGUCUGCACCAAUAUUGCCAGAAUAUUCAGCAAACUUACUUCUUACCAUGACUGCUGUGCAGCCUUGGCCAACUGUUCCAGAUGUUAUGCCUUGUUUUUGAAAGUGAUAAACAAAUACCAGAAGAAACAGGAUUUAGUUGUCCGUAUUGUCUUUAUUCUUGGCAACCUGACAGCGAAAAAUCACCAGGCUCGUGAACAGUUUUCCAAAGAGAAAGGGAGCAUCCCGACCUUGCUGUCGUUAUUCCAUACAUUCUACAAACUGGACCUGUGUGCUGAGGAGCAGAUGGGAGAAGCCCAGCAACCCAAGGUGCAGAGGCCGCGGGCCCCCGCAGAGGACGUGCUCAUCAAGCUGACCCGAGUACUGGCCAACUUAGCCAUCCACCCUGGCAUCGGCCCGGCCCUGGCCACCAACCCGCACGCCGUGGGCCUGCUCCUCGCCACGCUAGAAUACAAGUCAAUUGAGGAUUGCGAGGAGCUGGUGAUCAAUACUACAGCCACAAUCAACAACUUAUCUUACUACCAAGUGAAGAAUUCCAUAAUUCAAGACAAAAAGCUAUAUAUUGCUGAAUUGCUCAUAAAGCUUCUUGUGAGUAAUAACAUGGAUGGAAUCCUUGAAGCUGUGCGUGUUUUUGGAAAUCUCUCCCAGGACCAUGACAUCUGUGAUUUCAUUGUGCAGAAAAAUGUACACAAGUUCAUGAUUGCACUGCUCGAUGCUAAGCAUCAGGAUAUUUGCUUUUCUGCCUGUGGCGUUCUCCUAAAUCUCACUGUGGAUAAAAGCAAACGUGUCAUCCUAAAAGAAGGAGGUGGCAUUAAAAAGUUGGUGGAUUGUUUAAGACAUUUUGGUCCUACCGAUUGGCAGCUGGCCUGCUUGGUUUGCAAAACUUUAUGGAACUUCAGUGAAAAUAUCACCAACGCUUCAUCAUGUUUUGGAGAUGAAGACACCAACACAUUGUUAGUCCUGCUACCAUCAUUUUUAGAUGAAGAACUAGCACUGGAUGGCAGUUUUGAUCAAGACCUAAAAAACUAUCACAAACUCCAGUGGGAAACAGAAUUCAAACCUGUGGCCCAGCAGCUCCUGAACCGAAUUCAGAGUCAUCAUACCUUCCUGGAACCACUGCCUAUUCCUUCUUUCUAACAUGAUGUAGAUUAACAACAGAAGCAAGAAGUCAGGUCUCCUUCAUUCUUACGGAGUGGUAACAUGCAUGAACAUUUGUUUUUCAGUAUGGACAAAUAGUGAAAGUUUUUCAGAUACUGAUUUUAGUGAGUAGUUUAAGUAUCUUAGAAGAAAUAGGCAUUUCUUCUCGUUAGGUAGGUAUUAUGGAAAAAUGAAUAUAAAUGUGCUCUCUGCUAUGAGAAAUGUAAGAUGAAAAUAUAUUCACAGUUUUUCAAAGUA